GCUAGGAGAAGGUUUUGGUAACACGUGGUUAUCAAUCUUCUCCCUUUAUCUCAUUCUCACACUAUAUAUUAUCUUUUCAUAUUCUUUCUUUUCUUCCCCAAUCACUCUCUCAUCACAUUCAAAACGCGCCACCAAUUAACAGGGUUUCAGGUUGAAAUAAGUGAUUUGUUGUAGUCAAAAUGUCAUCUCCAAGCAAGAGACGAGAAAUGGAUGUAAUGAAAUUGAUGAUGAGUGAUUAUACAGUGGAGACGAUAAACGAUGGACUUAGUGAAUUUAAUGUGGAGUUUCAUGGUCCAAAAGAAAGCCUUUAUGAAGGUGGAGUCUGGAAAAUUCGUGUUGAACUACCUGAUGCAUAUCCAUACAAAUCCCCUUCAAUCGGCUUUGUGAACAAAAUAUACCACCCGAAUGUUGAUGAGUUAUCUGGCUCGGUAUGCUUGGAUGUCAUUAACCAAUCAUGGAGUCCAAUGUUCGAUCUUCUAAAUGUCUUUGAAGUUUUUCUUCCACAACUCUUGCUUUAUCCAAAUGCUUCAGAUCCUUUGAAUGGUGAUGCAGCAUCAUUAAUGAUGAAGGAUAAAAAGCUGUAUGAGCAAAAAGUUAAAGAGUAUUGUGAGCGUUAUGCUAAGAAGGAAAACAUAUCCAACAAUUGUACAUCUGAUGAGGAGAGUGAUGAGGAAGACAUCAGUGAAGCAGAAAGUCAAUCAAGUGAUGAUGAAAUUCCUGGUCAUGCUGAUCCUUAAAUACUGCUCUUCAAAGUACUUGUUCAGUUAUAAUUAUAAGAUAAGAUGUAGGAUUAUUAUAUAUACUAUUUUUUUGUGCCCUUAAAAUUACAGUUGUUAAUCCUGUGUAAUUUCAUAUAAAGCUAUACUAUAAUAUAUCAUUUGAGGGCUUUAAACUUUUAAUUGUAUUUUUUACUUUCAGAAUUUAAGGAAAUCAGAAAUGUAAUUUAAUAGAUACAUACUGAAGAUUUUAGUUGUAUCCUGUCAUAAUUAGCUAAAUGUGUACUUUACAAUUGUUGAAA